AUGAACAAACUCUUAAAACGCCUCCAGUCCAACAACUUCGAACCAGAAGGUCGUGGCAGCGGUGGUCAAGAUGAAGCCUUGGAUGCGUACAAGGACGAGUUGGAGUCACGAUGGCAGGAAUUUGUGCAUCGAGCACGCGUCCAUGAAAUGCUGAAAUGCUUACAAAGCGAGCACAGAAGGUUACAAGUUCUCCGGGACAAUAUUGAUUUCGAUGAGCUUCUCACGGUGGACCGGGAUCGUCACGUGAGUGACGAAGAGGACGACGGCAAGGACCAGCCCAGCGUGUCGGAAGACGCUGAAGUCGCCCCACACCCCCAACACCACUCGUUGGGGGAUGCUCGAAACAUCCGGAAAUCACUGGCUGGCGUCAGUCAGAGAAAAACCGCUCUCGCCAUCGAAAUCUUCAAGAGCAAAAAUAUCAUCUCGGACAAAGAGUUUGAGGACAUUUUAGAGCUUUGUGAUGACAAAAUGGAGCAGCAAGCACUUCGUGAAGCCUUUGAGGAGAAGAAGAAUCGAGACACGUACCUCCACAAUGCAACCGAACGAAGACAAAUGCUUUAUGAUUUCAUAAACAGCAAGUUUUUCGUACAGUUUAUGCUCGUCACGAUCAUUGUUUCUAUUUGUGGAAUAUUUUUAAUGACGUUUGAAACCAUUUCAACCAGAUUUUCCUUCCCUCUGAUGGUUAUGGAUUCUUGCAUUAUUGCAAUUUUCGUGGUGGAAGCAGCCUUCAAAAUUGUAAUUUAUAAGCUCGACUAUUUCAAACAGGUCUGGAAUCUGCUGGACAUGCUUAUCAUUGUGGUGCAUUUGCUCGAAGUGAUUGUCGACCUAACAACAAAGACGUUGGCUCUCAGCACUGAAAUUAGUUCUGGUGUCACGUUCAAAUUUUUAAAGUCUUUGCGAGCACUGCGACUUCUCCGUAUCAUAAAGUUUCUGCCAAAUCUUCAAGUUGUCCUUCUCACAGUGUUUCAAUCAAUGUUGAGCAUGGGUUCUAUCGCAGUUUUAAUGGUGCUGUUCAUCUUCGUUUUUGCUGUAAUGGGGCGUGGUCUAUUUUAUGAGAAUUCCCCAGUCCAUUUUGGCUCGAUUUGGCUGGCAUUUAUAACUCUAUUCCAACUCUUAACUUUGGAUGAUUGGUUUGAACUUUUGGACCCAGUUAAAAAUACAGAGAGCAACAUUGCAAUCGAUAACAGUUUCCAGUACUGGAUAAUGUUCCUUUACCUAUUUUGCUACAUUGUCAUUGAAUAUUUCGUAUUUCUCAAUUUGUUCGUUGCCGUCCUCGUCGACAACUUCCAACUGACCCUGGCAGACGCAGAAAUUCGACGAAAGAAAGAAGAAAUGUUGUUUUUGGAAGAGCAGCAAAAAUUUGAUGACAUGAAAAAACUUGCUCAUGGCGAAGGAGGAAAUGACGAAUUCAAAGAGAAUGUCGACACAAUGAAUCCUGACAAUUUGGAAUUAAAUGUAGAAGACUAUUUCCCUGUGCAGAAGGGGUCAAAAGAUGCUCAACUAACCUCAGAGAUAUUCAAAGACAUGAAUUCUUUAGACUUUGAGAGAUUCUUAUGGAAAAGAAGAAUCACUCUAUUAAACGAUGUGAUUGAUAUAGCCUUAUCUCGCCAGCCGCAAAAUGUCUGGACUACUCAGGACGCAGAAAGUGUCGAAGACCUCGACACACUGGAAUUGAUCGAGGAAAUGAAUGAAAAAAGACAAGAAGAGGAAACUGGUGCAAAAAGCUCAAAAACUAAAUGAUAAAAAUCUAACCCUAGUAUUAUGCAACAAUUAAGUUCUACUUACAACACUGUCGUAAAUAAUCAGUUUCAAUAAUAAAAUUA